GACUAUCAGCACCUUGGACAGCCGCCUCUAUAAGCGCGCUGCUGUGGACUCCUGAUGGAACCCUAUGGAUGGAACUCAUUUCUGCUCCUCUCAGCUGCACAGAAGGAAGGAUGCUUUCAUAGAGAGCUGCAGCCCGUCACGAUGCAGACACAUAUGUCACUGUGGGAGUUUCUCAGCGCCCAAACAAUUACCAAUUGAAGUCAAGUUUUAGCAUCCUGGAUCUCUUGAACACAUCACUGCAGCCUGCCAUGUGGAGUAUUGUCUCACUGACUUAUUUGGGCCUUGUUGGAGAUGUGAUAAUGAUGAUGACGCUGAUGAUGAUGAUGGUGAAGAGGUGGGGCUGUAUUUAACAGCCAAGAAGAAAGGGACGGAUGCAAGGCUCGUUUUUCUCCGAGGAUAUCUGUCAUCCUUCCUCUUCCUGAUUUAUGGCGCAAAGAUGAUCGAAAAACAAGAAGCACUGCUAGAUGCAUUGAAGUAUUUUACCGCUUAUAGUAUUGUGGGUUUUUAAGGUCUGUGUCUGACAUUGAACACUGCUGGAUUGUAACUUUUUGACCGGGUCAGACCUGCCCAAGGCGGGAGGGAGCGGGACACAAUCAGUUUGAUCUACCAUCAACAAAAGCAAAGAUGAUACAGGUGAAGUGAUGAAUGCAAACCUCGAGACAACAAAGGGUGCUCGUCUUUCAUCUCCAGUAACUCCACCUUUUUGUGGGUGAAUUGGAAACUCGAUAGUAAAUCGCCUUUGAUGCAAUCAGUUUUUAAUGAUUGAACUCUCUCCUCAGUCAACCGAGCUGCUGUUUAUCCCCAAGAAGCAAAGACUCGUGCUGCUUUAAAACAACACUCGUGUUUGCAGCUACUGGCAAAUACCUGGGAUGAAAAUGUAGACAUGAGAGGAUGCUGUUGGAGCCAUGAGACUUUAAUGUUUGUGCUUCACUCUGUAUGGUUUACUGCCUCAAUUGAAUCCAGAAAGAAAACGCCUUUAUCUAUGAAAAAGAAUCCUUCCCCAUUGGCUGGACGGUGGUGCACAUGCUAUAACAACAGGAUAUGCAAAGAGCUAUGGGCUGAUGCAGUAGCCUAUCAUGUUCCUCGCGUGCUUUUUUGACCAAGAUCUGUGUUUUAUUGAAUAAAAGGGUUCAGAUGCUAUAGCAAUAAAAAUAGUAAUAAUACAUCAACAGCACUAUGUAUGAUGGACCUGCUACAGUCAAGCUGAAGGCUGACUCUCGGAGCAGCUGUGCCUGUCUAGUAAAGCUGUUAAAGAAUGUUUAAGUAUCGGAUCCGGAUGUUUUUCAAUGAACUCAAAGUGCUGGUACUGAUGAGAUCCGGAUCCAGCAGGAGAACUGACACAGGCACAGACCGGGACACGCAGACCAGGAUGAGAGGGCUUGCUAUAGGGGGCUGUGGUUGUUCGCCCCUGACCUGCUCUCACCGGGACGAUGAGGAGGAGUAUUAUGGCUCUGACCCACGGCCACGCAGCAUGGCUUGUGAGGAAGAAGCCAAACCUCAGGGAGCAGAAGGAGGUGGAGGCCUAGAAGCAGCUUCCCUCGCGAGUCUGUCAGAGUGCGGGAUGCGAUCCCCGCAGUGCCGGAUCUGCUUUCAGGGGCCAGAGAAGGGGGAGCUGUUGAGCGCUUGUCGCUGCGCCGGCUCUGUACGCUGCACUCACCAGUCCUGCCUUAUCCGCUGGAUCAGUGAGAGAGGCUCCUGGAGCUGUGAGCUCUGCUACUUCAAGUACCAGGUCCUGGCCAUCAGUACCAAAAACCCUCUGCAGUGGCAAGCCAUUUCUCUGACUGUGAUUGAGAAGGUGCAGAUUGCAGCUAUCAUCCUGGGCUCUUUGUUCCUUAUUGCCAGUAUCUCCUGGUUGGUGUGGUCGUCGCUCAGUCCCUCAGCCAAAUGGCAGCGGCAGGACCUUCUCUUCCAGAUCUGCUACGGCAUGUAUGGCUUCAUGGACAUGGUUUGCAUAGGCCUUAUAAUCCAUGAAGGAUCGUCUGUUUACCGGAUCUUUAAGCGCUGGCAGGCGGUGAACCAGCAGUGGAAAGUGCUGAAUUAUGAGAAAGCAAAGGACUUGGGUGACCCCAUCAGUGCAAGCAGUAAAGGCGCUGGCCGUGUUGAGAGGAGCUCCUCUCACAGCGCCACAGGCAGCACACAGAGGACAAGUCGACAUGUCAGGACUAUUCUCCAUCACCAUUGUGGCUACACUAUUCUGCACAUCCUCAGCCAGUUAAGACCCAACAACCUGCACAGUGCCAACCAAGAGGUGGUCAUGAGGGUGACCACAGUAUGAGGCUGGCUCACUCAGACACAAGUGCUCCGAUGCAAAAGAAGGGGAUCAAAGUAUUGAUUAGGAUUUACUAAUAAAUAAUCCUAAUCUGCCACAGUAACACUGCCAAUAAACUUGUAGUCUUAAAUGUGUUUGGUUUUUUCUGUUGGAUAAUCUCCCUGAGCUCAAAGUGGACGACAUAAAAUGUUUUGGGAUUUGGGUAAAGGGAGAAUUAUGCCAUUUUAAUCGGGUUUUUAAAGACAUGAUUGUGAAAAUAUGAGAAAAGAGAAACAACUUUGAAUUUAGAGCUUUUUUAAAAAUAUGAACGGUUUUUAAACACAAUGAAAAUUUUACAAAAUGUCAUUGAGCUUAACAGUUUCACUUGAAUUUGACCCAUAAUGCAGAGAUUGAUGGUGGAAAUGAUUGUGCCCCUCUAAUUUAUUCAACAUGUUUGAGGUGAAGUCUGAGGUUGUUAUUUUAACUUGGACUUUAAAUCAUUGAGAUACAACACAGUUGAUAAAAAAGAACCCUUAAAGUACAAGCUGUUUUGUUUUGUUACAACAUUUUCAUGUUUUGUAAUAAAGAAUUUGUUGAUAUUAG